AUGCUCCUCCUCGGGCCACCAGGUUCACUGCGGCGCCAGCUGGCGCUGCGCUUCUGUGAGCUCGGAGGCCGAGAGGCCGAAGUUCUCACAGUUACCCGCGACACAACAGAGGCAGACCUGAAACAGAGGAGAGAGCUGACCAGGAAUGGGGGCAGCAGCGAGACAUUCUAUGCCGACAGCGCUCCGGUUCGUGCUGCACUCUGCGGGCGGAUACUAGUCUUGGACGGCCUCGAGAAGGCCGAGCGCAAUGUUUUACCAACGUUGAACAACCUGCUGGAGAACCGAGAGAUGGGUUUAGACGACGGCCGCCUGCUGAUUCCAGCACGCAGAUACGACACCCUGUCGCAAGAGGCGUUAUCUGCCGGCGUAGGCGUGGCGUGCCCAUGA